CACCGAAACGUACACAACGUCAUUCCUCGUACCCAAUCUGACCUGGUUUUAGCUUAAAUUAGUGAAAAUUAAAUAAAUUAAACAUGAGCAUCACCGUGGACCCCCGCCGCAAGGAGAAGAUCAACCGCUACAAGGCGCCCAAGAAUCAGGGUCAGAGUGGCGGCGCCAACGAGGACAUGAUGCCGGAUUACAUGAACAUUCUGGGCAUGAUUUUCUCAAUGUGCGGCCUGAUGAUGAAGCUCAAGUGGUGUGCCUGGUUUGCGCUUUACUGUUCCUGCAUUAGUUUCGCCAGCUCGCGAGCCAGCGACGACGCCAAGCAAGUGCUCUCCUCCUUCAUGCUGAGCGUUAGCGCUGUAGUGAUGUCCUAUCUGCAGAAUCCGGCUGCGAUGACCCCGCCCUGGGCUUCCUAGCAUUCCCAGGACUCUCAGCUUUCCACGUGGCAGUGAAAAUGCAUUUCCACAUUAGUGUAGAUGAAUGUGCAUGCUUUAUUACGAUCCGAAAAGGGGAUAAGGAUAAAGAGACUAUGAAUUCAGGCGACUGGCGCAAAAUAA